AAAUUAUUGAAAUGAUAUUGUAACGAAUUAAUUUAAUUGUAGAAAGGUUCAGUUAUCUUAUCAAUAAACAAAUAAUAUAUACGUGUAUAUGUUAAGUUUAUUUUCCGAUUAGUUUUUUUCAAUGAAGUAGCAGUUUUACUAAAGACUUUUCCUUCACACGUCUUUCACGUGGCUGCGUGAAACCGAAGUGUUUUUGAAUAUUUUUAAAAUCAGGUUAAGACGGUGUUAUGAAUUGAUUAUUGAACGAAUAUUGAUUAAGAAAACAUGAUGAUGACUAAAAAGACCAAAGUAGGAACAAAAGGAGCGAAGCAGAUUGUGGAGGAAAACAGAACAACUCUAAGCUUCUAUCGUAAUAUGAUUAUUGGGGCAUUAGGAAUAUACUUUACUAUUAUGAUGUUGUUCUUUGAGUUCACAACAUCGUCGAUAACCUUAAGCAUUUUUUCUGGAAUUGUAUAUAUAGCAAGUUACCAAUUCAUGACAUAUAUAACGAAAGCAACAUAUUCAGAAUCCGGACAACUUUUGGAUUCUGGUAUUGAUCUCAACAUGGAAGGUGGUAUAGCAGAACAUGUAAAAGAUAUAAUUAUAUUAACCUCAGGAGUACAAAUACUUUCGCUUAUAUCAAAUUAUUUUUGGUUCUUAUGGCUUCUUGUACCAUUGACGGGAGGUUGGUUAUUAUGGAAAAAAAUAUUAGCUCCAUGGUUCUUCGCGUCUGCUCCUGAGCAACCUGAGAUUAGCGAGAAGAAACAACGGAAGUUGGAAAAGAAAAUGGCUAGACGGCAUUAAUGUUUUCCUUAGGCAUACAAGCGCAUUUUUAAUAAAUAUUUAUGAACUUUACAGGGAUGGGAUAGAUUUGAGCAAGAUUAUGAAACAAGCUGUCUUCGUUUGAGCUUGCAUUGUUUCAUACACUGUUCUAUGUUCACCAGAAAACUUGUACGCAAAUUUUUAGAUAAACUGUAAAACCAAUUUUUUAGAAAUUGAAUCAUUUUUAUGGAUGCUAUAUUAAUUUAUAUAACUGUCUUUUAGCAUUAAAAAAAGGAACUUUAUAAUGAAAAGAUUAAUAUAAAAAUAAAUUUUAUAAUUUUUAACGUUUA